AUGACUGACUCGGACAGAUCGGAUGUCACCCACAAGCUACAGCGGACGAUGACAGCUUUGCUUGUUCUUAGGGUGCCUAGAAAACAGGACUCGUUUUUCUUUGCCGGCACAGAGCCACCGUCGAUCCAUCACGACCUCCAUCGGAAGCCCGACAACCCCAAAGCAAUCUUCGACUUGACCCGGACGAAACGGCCUCGAAUCACCGGUCGAUGUUCCCAUUAUUGCAUUCUCACGGCGUUCUUGUACCCCGUGACGAUGAGACCCCGUGCUCAGGUUGACAUCCGACCCGAAGACGGUCUUCAAACACGGACUUUCCGCGGCUUGCAAGCUCAACAGACAUCAUGCCCCUUGACCUGA